AUGGCCGCCACACGCAGCAUGUCGUCUCUUGCCUUCUCCCUCCUCGUCCUCCUCCUUUUCGUGUGCACCGCACACGCGCAGCUGAGGCCGAACUUCUACUCGUCCACCUGCCCAAACCUGCACAGGAUCGUCCAAAAUGCCAUGCGAACGGCCGUCCGGAACGACCGCCGCUUGCCCGCCUCCAUGAUCCGCCUAUUCUUCCACGACUGCUUCGUCAACGUAAGUGCGCGUACUAGAGAGCAGACUCUUUCAGAUGAAGGAUGGCCGGUCGUCUCACCUCCCAGCCGCAACGGUUCUAAUGCCGCCGCACGUGUGAUCAUGCAGGGCUGCGACGCAUCGGUGCUCCUGGCCGACACCGCGACCUUCACCGGAGAGCAGAACGCCUUCCCGAACCGGAACUCCAUUCGAGGCAUGAACGUCGUCGAGACCAUCAAGUCCGCCGUCGAGGCGGCGUGCAACGCCACGGUGUCGUGCGCCGACAUCCUGGCCCUCGCCACUAGGGACGGCGUUGUCUUAGUGAGUGCCUUAGGCUCCUCUCGUUUACCCGUUUGCCUUAUAUUGGACGAAUCCAAUCGCUAACCAGAGGAGACUGACUGCCUUCUUCCACGCAGAGCGGAGGACCUUCGUGGACAGUGCCCCUCGGGCGGAGGGACGCGAGGACGGCGAGCCAGAACGCAGCCAACAGCAACCUUCCCGGCCCGUCGUCCAGCCUAUCGGCGCUCAUCUCCAGCUUCGCCAACCAGGGACUCAACCUGCGGGACCUGGUGGCCCUCUCCGGCGCGCACACCUUCGGCGUGGCCCGCUGCGCCACCUUCCGCAGCCGCAUUUACAACGACGCCAACAUCGAACCCGUCUUUGCCCGCUCAACACAGGCCAACUGCCCGCAGUCCGGCGGCGACACCAACCUCUCCCCGCUCGACAUCAGCACCCCGAGGGCCUUCGACAACGCCUACUACCGCAACCUCUUGUCCCGGCGCGGUCUCCUCCACUCCGACCAGGAGCUCUUCAACAAUGGCUCCGCCGAUUCUAUCGUCCGAAGCUACGCGGCCAGCAGCUUCGUCUUCUUCAGGGACUUCGCGGCGGCGAUGGUGAAGAUGGGCAACAUCAGCCCUCUCACCGGCUCCAACGGGGAGAUCAGGCGGGUCUGCAGUAGGGUGAAUUGA